CUGAUUUCGGAGAUCAAUACACAACUGGCUCUCUUCAGGGACAUGCUCAUCCACAUCGGUACAGGGAGAGAUUCUCCAGAGUUGAGGGAAAAGAUAAGAAAACUUCGAAGAACAUGCGUUGAUGCUUGCAAGCAUAUUUCUAAUAUCCUUCUCCCUCCAAUUCGCAGUGCUGUAGCUGAAGGGAUUCCCGUUGAUCAUCCACACCUCGUUCUUGUCUUCUAUAUGUGCCAAUUAUUUCUGAGAGAGCUGGGAAAAUGCAGUCGACUUGUGCAAUUAAUACCAAUGGACAUGACUGGAUACUUUGAGAAUCGAGCAGGCCCAUCCAACCUCGGAAAUGUGAUAAGCCAAAUUUUGCUCUGUAAAACCAUCGCACCUGACUUCAAUCAAGAAGAAGUAUGUAGCAUCGCCAAAGAUUCAGCUGAAUUGACUCGCCUACUUAAUGAAAUGCAGGAAUUUCUUCCAACUCAAGAUAUUUCAUCCGAGAGACCUUCUGCUCUUACAAACGAAGAAGGGGGCAACAGGUGGACAAAGAAGAGAAGAAGGAGUUCAUUGUACAAACGUUUUGGAACGUUCUGCUGUAUUAGAAGGCCAUCGUAUUUGUGAAUUAAAUCUCACAAAGAAACGUUACACAGGCAAAACAAUGCAUCGAUUCAUGAAACAAAAAUAUGUGAACCUGAUUAUAUAUACAUGAUUUAUUUUAUAAACAAUUCAAUUCUUGUUCCCUGGACACAAUGUUAAAAUUAAGAAAAGUACGAAGUAUUAAAAA